AUGACUUGUGAAUUUUCGAUCGAAUCUUCACGGAACCAGGCACGCUAAUCCACAAACCCCACGGACUCAGUGUCACAUUCACUUGACAGUGUUUGUCCGUAAGCGAUACCAGCCAAUGGCAAUGUGCCGGCAUGCGGCAAGGAGUAUUUGACGGAGCAAAGGUGUACAUGUAGAUCUACCAGACUUCCGUGUUGGCUCGUUUACGUCCAAGCUGUUAUGAGAUGCAAGCCGGUCGGAACUGAAGAGUAUGAUGUUACUCCAUCAACAUUUUGUGGCGACGAAUCUGUUACUUCUUCGCCUUUAGAUCUCCGAAUCGCAAGCAAUAGUGGCCCUUCACUCGUGUCCUCUCAACAACACUGAUUUGGACGGCACAGUAUAUACUGCUUUGCCGAUAGGCGUCUGAGGCAGCACCAACGACCUGGAAAACCGCUCUUGUGUUUGGAGACGAUCCUGAGGGCUGAGCGUUCGCAAGCGACCAGCCUCUCAAACAUGCUAGAGGUCUGGAGGCUUUCCAGCAUAUUGCUGCUGGCAUUGCUGGUGGUGACAUGCUUGAGUACGACACCGCCACACAGCGUAUCAACACAGCCAGCCGUCGCCACAGCCUCACACCCCACUUCGGCCAUCAGGACAACACUUUUUAUGCCAGGAACGGCUGCAUCGACCUCUGUACCAACAACUACUGCACCAAGAACUACUCUGCCAGCAAAUCCCACCACAGAAGACUUGGGAGAGUCGAAUUUUGCGUCACAGCCUAGUUCAGCCGUCAGAACAACGUCUCUUUUGCCAAAAACGAGUGAAUUGCUAACAGUACCAACAUCUGCUGUACCGACCAAUGCACCAACAACUGCUGCAUCGACCAAUGCACCAGCAACUGCUGUACCGACCAAAGCACCAACAACUGCUGUACCAACCAAAGCACCAACAUCUGCUGUACCAACCAAUGCACCAACAACUGCUGCAUCGACCAAGGUACCAGCAACUGCUGCAUUGACCAAGGUACCAGCAACUGCUGCAUCGACCAAGGUACCAGCAACUGCUGCAUCGACCAAUGCACCAGCAACUGCUGUACCGACCAAAGCACCAACAACUGCUGUGCCAACCAAAGCACCAACAUCUGCUGUACCAACCAAUGCACCAACAACUGCUGCAUCGACCAAGGUACCAGCAACUGCUGCAUCGACCAAUGUACCAGCAACUGCUGCAUCGACCAACGUACCAGCAACUGCUGCAUCGACCAAUGUACCAGCAACUGCUGCAUCGACCAACGUACCAGCAACUGCUGCAUCGACCAAUGUACCAGCAACUGCUGCAUCGACCAACGUACCAACAACUACUGUGCCAGUUAGUGCCACCACAGAAGACCUGGGGGAGGCAAAUUUUGCAUCACAGCCCACUUCAGCCAUCAGGCCAACACUUUUUAUGCCAGGAACGGCUGCAUUGACCAGGGUGCCAACGACUGCUGCACCGACUACUGCACCAAGAACUAAUCUUCCAGCAAAUGCCACCACAGAAGACUUGGAAGAGGCAAGUUCCGGGUCACAACCUAGUUCUGCUAUCAUAGCAACUUCUCUUAUACCAAAAACAAGUGAACUGCUAACAGUACCAGCAUCUACUGCAUCGAUCACUGCACCAACAACUGCUGCACCGACCAAUGUACCAGCAACUGCUGCAAUGACCAAUGUACCAGCAACUGCUGCAACGACCAAUGUACCAGCAACUGCUGUACCGACCAGUGUACCAACAGCUGCUACACCGACCAGUGUACCGACAGCUGCUCCACCGACGAAUGUGCCGACAACUACUCCACCGACCAGUGUACCGGCAGCUGCUACACCACCUACCACACCAAGAACUACUUUGCCAGUUAGUGCCACCACAGAAGACCUGGGGGAGGCAAAUUUUUCGUCAUCUACUUCAGCCAUCACACUGCCGGUUGUGUCAAAAGCAAGUGCACUGCCCACAGUGCCAACAAGUGUGUCAGCUACAACAGACAGCCUGGGUGAAUCAAGUAUCAGCGAAUGUGGUCACCCUCAAUUUUCAUACCCAAACACCACCAACACCCUUUUUCAUGCCGUAAUACGGACCAGCAACAAAACAGGUGGUAAAUUUCACAUCAACUCUACGGUCACAUACUACUGCUCUCCUGGAUACAACCUAAUAGGACCAGGGAAUCUAACAUGUAACAGCAAUGGUACUUGGACUCCAGCAAUUCCACCAACUUGUUCAGCCAUCAAUUGUUCCGCCCUGGGUCCUAUAGACCUACCAAAUGGCUCCUUCAACCAAACAAAUAUAACUGGGCUUAACCGGUACGAUCAUGAGAUCAACUUCUACUGCAAUAUUGGCUAUGAGGUAAAUGGGUCCAGUGUAACCAAAUGUAAUGCCACCGGAAAUUGGUCUUCUCCAAUUCCAAAGUGCAGUAUUGUAGACUGUGGUAUGCCAUCAACUGGUAAUAACUCUAUACUCACUGGUGUCUCAAGUACACUGUUCAACAGCACUGGAUCAUUUGCAUGUAUGAUUGGAUUCAACAUCAGUCAAGGUGAUACACAAAGGACAUGCUUGCCGACUGGAGAUUGGAGCGGUAGUCCUUUGCAUUGCGAUGUUAUUUCAUGUGGCCAUCCUGGGUAUCUACCAAAUGGAACAGUCAGUGGUGAGCUUAGCUUUGUGUUCAAUACCACCGUCAGUUACUCCUGCAACCGUGGUUUCAAUAUGACUGGGCCAUCACAGAUAACUUGUGCAGCGAGCGGAAUCUGGGAGCCGGUAGAGAAGCAGAACUGCUAUAUCAUUACUUGUCCAACUCUCAGUACAACAGGUGAAGUCAGAAGCAACACUUCAUAUUCUCCUGACUUGGGCGAACUAACUGUGGACCAUGAAGAGCAAUUCUCUUGUUCACCGGGGUACAUUCUACUUGGUGCUAAUGCAACUACCUGCCAGGUUAGUGGACAAUGGUCCAAUCCAGUGCCUAAAUGCCAGACACUAGACUGCGGAGAGCCUCUAUCUACCAACCAUACGACUGUUGUCCAGAAGUCCACCACCACCUAUAACAGCAGUGUCAUGUACCAAUGUGAUACCGGCUUCGAUCAAAGCACAGGUGACUAUCAACGCACGUGUCUGGAGACAGGAGAGUGGAGUGGUUCCGCUCUGGAAUGUUCAGUUAUUUCAUGUGGCCAUCCUGGGCAUCUACCAAAUGGAACAGUCAGUGGUGAUCUUAGCUUUGUGUUCAACGCAACCGUCAGUUACUCCUGCAACCGUGGUUUCAAUAUGACUGGGCCAUCACAGGUAACUUGUGCAGCGAGCGGAAUCUGGGAGCCGGUAGAGGAGCAGAACUGCUAUAUCAUUACUUGUCCAACUCUCAGUACAACAGGUGAAGUCAGAAGCAACACUUCAUAUUCUCCUGACUUGGGCGAACUAACUGUGGACCAUGAAGAGCAAUUCUCUUGUUCACCGGGGUACAUUCUACUUGGUGCUAAUGCAACUACCUGCCAGGUUAGUGGACAAUGGUCCAAUCCAGUGCCUAAAUGCCAGACACUAGACUGCGGUGAGCCUCUAUCUACCAACCAUUCAACUGUUGUCCAGAAGUCCAGCACCACCUAUAACAGCAGUGUCAUGUACCAAUGUGAUACUGGCUUCAAUCAAAGCACAGGUGACUAUCAACGCACGUGUCUGGAGACAGGAGAGUGGAGUGGUUCCACUCUGCAAUGUUCAGUUAUUUCAUGUGGCCAUCCUGGGCAUCUACCAAAUGGAACAGUCAGUGGUGAUCUUAGCUUUGUGUUCAAUACAACCGUCAGUUACUCCUGCAACCGUAGCUUCACAAUGACUGGGCCAUCACAGAUAACUUGUGGAGAGACCGGAAUCUGGGAGCCGGUAGAGGAGCAGAACUGCUAUAUCAUUACUUGUCCAACUCUCAGUACAACAGGUGAAGUCAGAAGCAACACUUCAUAUUCUCCCGUCACAGGCCAACUAACUGUUGAUCAUGAAGAGCAAUUCUCUUGUUCACCGGGGUAUAUUCUACUUGGUGCUAAUGUAACUACCUGCCAAGUUAGUGGACAAUGGUCCAAUCCAGUGCCUAAAUGCCAGAUACUAGACUGCGGAGAGCCUCUAUCUACCAACCAUUCAACUGUUAUUCAGAAGUCGAACACCACCUAUAACAGCAGUGUCAUGUACCAAUGUGAUACCGGCUUCAAUCAAAGCACAGGUGACUAUCAACGCACGUGUCUGGAGACAGGAGAGUGGAGUGGUUCUGCCCUGCAAUGUUCAGUGAUUUCAUGUGGCCAUCCUGGGCAUCUACCAAAUGGAACAGUGAGUGGGGAUCUUAGCUUUGUGUUCAAUACAACCGUCAGUUAUUCCUGCAACCGUGGUUUCAAUAUGACUGGGCCAUCACAGAUAACUUGUGAAGCGACUGGAAUCUGGGAGCCGGUAGAGGAUCAGAACUGCUAUAUCAUUACCUGUCCAACUCUCAAUACAACAGGUGAAGUCAGAAGCGAAACUUCAUAUUCUCCCGUCACAGGCCAACUAACUGUUGAUCAUGAAGAGCAAUUCUCUUGUUCACCGGGGUAUAUUCUACUUGGUGCUAAUGUAACUACCUGCCAAGUUAGUGGGCUAUGGUCUAAUCCAGUGCCUGAAUGCCAGAUACUAGACUGCGGAGAGCCUCUAUCUACCAACCAUACAACUGUUGUCCAGAAGUCCAACACCACCUAUAACAGCAGUGUCAUGUACCAAUGUGAUACCGGCUUCAAUCAAAGCACAGGUGACUACCAACGUACGUGUCUGGAGACGGGCGAGUGGAGUGGCGCUGCCCUGCAAUGUUCAGUGAUUUCAUGUGGCCAUCCUCGGCGUCUACCAAAUGGAACAGUCAGUGGUGAUAAUAGCAUUGUGUUCAAUGCAACCGUCAGUUACUCCUGCAACCCUGGUUUCAAUAUGACUGGGCCAUCACAGAUAACUUGUGCAGCGACCGGAAUCUGGGAGCCCGUAGAGGAGCAGAACUGCUAUAUCAUUACUUGUCCAACUCUCAAUACAACAGGUGAAGUGAGAAGAAAUACUUCAUAUUCUCCCGUCACAGGCCAACUAACUGUUGAUCAUGAAGAGCGGUUCUCUUGUUCACCGGGGUAUAUUCUACUUGGUGCUAAUGCAACUACCUGCCAAGUUAGUGGGCUAUGGUCUAAUCCAGUGCCUCACUGCAGAAUAGUCGAUUGUGGCAUGCCACUGGAUGGCACUGAUUCCUCCGUUGUUAGCACAACAGGAACCGUCUUUCAAAGUAAUGCCACAUAUAGCUGUCGGACAGGGUACAGGAAAUCAGCUGGGGACUACAAUCGUACUUGUCUGUCAACAGGCCGAUGGAGUGGCAAUCCACUGCACUGUGCAAUUGUUUCGUGUGGAAGGCCUCAAGCAUUGGACAAUGGAACUGUUACUGGAAACACAUCAUACCUAUUUAACACCAGUAUAUCACAUCGAUGCAACACUGGCUUCAACCUAACGGGACCAGUUGCCAGAACAUGUCUCGCUAAUGGAUCUUGGGCACCGAGUGAAAGGGCAAUCUGCGCGCUAAUCAAAUGUAAUCCUAUUUAUCUCGAUGAACCAAGGAAUGGGUAUAACCAGCCACUAUCUACACCCUGGACUGGUAACUUCACUGUGGGACAUACACUAAAGUUUUUCUGCCAUGAAGGAUACAAUCUGAGUGGUGCAGACACAUCUACUUGUCAAGGUGAUUCUCGUUGGUCUAACCCUGUGCCGACAUGCAAUAUUGUGAAUUGCGGAGAGCCACCGGCUGUAGCUGGCAAGAACUCGACGUUGUACUCACCAGCCAGCACCGACUAUGGGAGCAUUGCUAACUACAGUUGUUAUCCUGGGUUCAAUCAGACCUCCGGGCGGCGACAAGUGACCUGCUUGGCCAGUGGCCAUUGGAAUGGCAGUGCACUGUCAUGUCAAAUUGUAUCAUGCGGAAUACCCGGCAAUCCGGCCAAUGGAGGUGUAAUUGGGAAUCCAUCCUUCACGUUCAAUACAACUGUGGAUUAUGAGUGCCAAGCAGGCUUCAAGCUAACUGGUCCAACAACAAGAUCAUGCCUUGCAAAUGGAGAUUGGGCACCAAAGGAAGAACCUAAAUGCUCGCUCAUCACCUGCGAUCCUGCACAAGCAGGAAAGCCAUCCAACGGGCACGUCUCACCAGCAGUAGGACGAUUUACUGUUGGUGACAAAUUGCAAUUCACCUGCAAUACCGGCUACACACUCCAAGGAGCUGGUCAGACAACGUGUCAGAGUAGCUCACAGUGGUCCGAUACGGCACCAACAUGUACGAUUGUUAACUGUGGGUCACCACCAUCUCACCACACGUCUAGUGUGCUGGCCCCUAGCACGGUUUAUAGAAGCACAGCCAGCUAUACAUGUUUACCUGGUUUCCAGCCCAGCUCUGGCCUGAAUCAGCUAACAUGUCAGCCCAGUGGCCGAUGGAAUGGAGGUGCACUGGUUUGCUCAAGGAUUCGUUGUUCAGCUCUUCCACACUUGUCGAAUGGAAUCAUACAACAGGGUCUGACAUCACAGUUUGCCUCUGGGAACAGGUUCAACUUCACUUGCAACACAGGGUACAAUCUGAUUGGCUUCAACUCCACAGUUUGUCAAGACAAUGGGCAAUGGUCAAAUCCUCCUCCCACGUGCAACAUAGUGGACUGUGCCCAACCUCCCGAUGGCAACAACACAUUUUCUAAUGUUUCCACCACAGUGUAUGAAAGUGAAGUGAACUAUACCUGCCAGAGUGGAUUCCAAGCAGUGGUAGGAGAUUUCCAGCACACGUGCUCGGAGACAGGAGAGUGGAAUGGAACACUGCCAGAGUGUGCUGACAUUGAUGAAUGCAAUGAGACAGCGUCGCAACUGCACGACUGCCAUGACGUGGCAGUGUGUAACAACACCAUUGGAGAUUUCCUCUGCUCGUGUCCACUCGGAUUCACUGGGAAUGGAACACACUGCAAAGAUAUUGAUGAAUGCUCCAGUGCAGACCACACCUGUAAUGCAGAGUCACAAGUCUGUAGCAACACAGCUGGCUCGUUCCUGUGUAACUGCUCCGCUAACCAUCCACACCGAGAGGGAGAUGGCGAUGAGUGCAACGAUUUCCUAACCUAUGUAGGUGAAGUGAGAGUGGAACUCACUGAUGUCAGCAAUGCCACCACACUAGCACUGGACCUCAGGGAAAGCCUAGAAGAAGAGACUGCAGUGGCUAACGUGUCUGUAUCCGAUGAAACCCUGAGGAAUUCUACCCUGCUUGGCCGACCCAUCACCCUGCUGUCCUUUGAAUUGCAUGUGGUAACAAUUCACAUGGAUCACAACUGUGACAACGCAUCGCUCUACCAACAACUGGUUGAGAACGCUAUGGCAACGAGACCUAGUCUUUCCAAGUUCUCGCCGACUGCUAGUGUAUGGUGCAAGGAUAUGUGUGCAGCAGAAAGCAUUGCCGACUACCAGUGGCCAGCUACACCAGCCGGGGAAAGUGCACUGUUAUCCUGCCCGCAAGGAGAUAUGAAUGCAACUCGUCAGUGCAAUACAACACACAGCGGUGCUCGCUGGCAAAGGCCAGUAACUAUAAAUUGUCCUGGGAAUGAAGUCACCCUUCUCUUGUUGGAAUUGCUGAAUGAUAUCGAGAACCUGCUGACGAGUGGCACCGGAGUUGUUAAUGCGGCGUCAAUCCUAAACAACCGGUCCCGGGAUGCAGAAGAAGGACUCUCAGCCGAUGCCUUGGAUCUAGUGGCACAGACUCUGGAUGCAAUUGUCAACAAUAAAUCUCUGGAAUUGUUGGGCCAAAACCUCGACCUCACUGAACAGCUACUUCAAAAUGUCGUGUCGGUCAUCUCUAACUACAUCAACGCAAGCGAAGCAGCUGUAUUUGAGGCACAGAAAAAUGACCAGGCGAGCUCCAGAGUGCUGCGUGCUAUGGAUAGAGUUGAGCUGCAGCUAGCCAAAACAAUGCUUGCCAAGAACGAUACAGUCACACCCUUCACGUCGCCUUCUUUUACAGUCAAGGCAUACUACCGUAAUGCGUCGCAAGCCAGCAAUAUUGUCAAGAUACUGAUAGAGAGUACAGCUGGGAACCAAUCGAUAUGUACAGAGUCAUGUUCAACUGACACGGAGGCAACCAUCGGGGAACUGGAAGUUCCGCAAAAAGCAAUUCCCACUGAUGAACACACUACACCGACUGUUGCCAUUGUGCGCACAUUUGCCAAUGCAAAGCUGUUUGCAGGCUAUGACUUUGGUGACCUGAAUGAGCAGCCAUCGACCAACGCUGAAGGCCUCAUUGCUGCGUCAGAGGACUCAGUAGUCAACAGUUUUGUGUUGGCAUACAGCCUGUAUCCAGAAAACAGUAUUGGCUUGCACAAGCUUGCCAGUAACAUCACGCUGAAGUUCCGUCCAUUGUCAAACCUGGACAACACCAGCCACCUCUGCUCGUUCUGGGAUCAAUCAGGAGCCGAAGGAUAUGGCCUGUGGAGCCAGGAGGGAUGCUACCCAGUGGCAAGAGAAGCCGGCAAGGAGGAUGGCUUGUUUGAAUGCCAGUGUGAUCACCUGACUAACUUUGCCAUGCUUAUGAACCCGUUCUCUGACAAAAUAUCUGGAACGAGCGGCCAGGCUCUGAGAUACAUUACGCUGGUUGGUGGCAUCCUGUCGUGCAUUGCUCUCCUGCUCACCGCCGUCUAUCCGCUCAUCCUGAGAUCAUUUACGAAGUCCAGGAUUUUGCUCUCGGCACUGGCUGGAACCAUGUUCUUUGGCAACGUCAUGUUUCUCAUGUCAGUGGAGGACUACGCUAGAAACACGGAUGGCUUCUGCACGUUCCUUGGCCUGGCCGUUCACUAUCUGUUCCUGUCAUCGUUCCUUUGGAUGUUGACACAUGCACUGAACGUGUACAUUGCCGUCGCCAAGCCCAUCGUGUACCGCACCAUAAAGUGGGUGUUUGUCAAAGCAGCAUUGUUUGCCUGGGGUAUACCGUUCCUGGAAACACUUGUCAUUGGCACAGCUUACCCAUGUUCUUUCAAAUGGGCGUUCGUAGCUAACAGCACUGAGACACUAUGUGUUGACACCAGCAGCAACCUCGCUGCAGGACAUUAUCGAGGGUGUAUUCUGAAGCCAGGACUUCCCUUCCAACUUGGAUUUGUCAUGCCUAUAGUGAUCAUCAUCGUCGUUAACACAGUCCUGCUGACCGUCACAAUGCUCAAGUUACGCAUACAUGAAAUGGGCACCAGACGGCGACUCAGCAAGCCCAAAGACAACGACAGGAAGCGAGCAAGGAAUCUAUUGCGCUGCCGCACGAUCCUCUGUCUGACAUUCCUGCUGGGUGCAACCUGGCUGGUUGGGGUGUUUGUUGUGUCUGGAGAGGAAAGCCCUAAUGAAGCCGCCAUGUACAUAUUCACCAUUCUGAAUGUUGUCCAGGGCAUGGCUAUCUUCGUAUUCCAGGUAAUGCUGAGAAAGAAGGUGCGUGCCGAACUUCGAGACUUUGCCUCGUCCACUGCCAACAAAUGGCAGAAGACAAAGUCUACAGUGCUGUCACGUGAUGGCCACAACAGAGCCUCCUCUGCCAGCACUGGGUUCUCUGAGUCGUCCACCAACCGCAGCUUCCGCUUUGCUCACUUUCUGACCUCGCAGAGCAAGGACAGGACGAGCAACAGCGAGAAACAAGAGGAGUAUGACCUGCGCGAUAUCGUUGAGCCAGAGCUGGGGAGUCUACGCAAGAAACACAAGCUGCAUGCGCACCCCAUGGCCGACUCUCCGCUGACACAAAGAGUACGGCACGAGUCACAGUAUAAUGCUGCCACGGAUACCAUCCCUCGUGGCUACCCUACCACAUCUGAGUAUAAUGCUGCCACGGACACCAUCCCUCGUGGCUACUCGACCGCAUACGAUAACGAUGACUUCACCCUGAAGACGACUCAGUCCACAGCUGAUGAGUCUGGCCCUCCCAUACUGACAGCGCAAUGCAAGAGCGGCGGUGAUGGCGAAGACCUUGAUGGUGGAAACUUAGCUAUGUUCAAUGCUGCUGCUCUGGAAGGCACAGGUGACAAAGACUCAGCAUGCUCCAUCCAGCAGGGUUCUUUGAAAGCAGACAGCUCUGUUUUGGAGAACACCUCGGCUUCAGCUCAAGUAGACGACGAUAUACCCCCAGGGAACAAUGUCAGACGUUCACGUCGAGCAUCAACAGAGGAAGUUACAGUAACAGUAAUAGCAGAUGUUGAGAAUUCUGUUGCAACACCUGAUCCAGUAGAAGCCACAGCCAGCAUGUCCCUGCCAGCAAGUGAGGCUGCUGACCAUGAUGACCUCAUACAUAAUACUGGUGACCAGAGUCCAAGGCACAGCAGUGAUGCUGGGCAGCUGCCUGCAGACCAAUCAUCAGCUGUGCCAGAGCAACCAGCUGAAAUGAUCGAGCAGCCUAUGAUCACUACACAGCCUAUUUCUGUAUGUUCUGCUGUAACCCAGAGUCUAGUGGCUACAGAGCUGGAAGACACUGAAGUCACAGAGUUCCAAAGUCGGAAACAGCGCCACGUGAAAGAAGAGACCGUGCCAGUUCAAGACCAGUCAUCAUACUCUGAAGCACUCACCAGCAUGGAGAUUGAUGGUCACAAUGAAUCAGCUACUGAGAACCCAUAUGCCAGACCAAACGAGCCAUCUGAAACUCUUUCUUCCUCUGCAUCCAUGCCAUCAACUCGCCCAGCUAGUACCGUGGAGGCGACCUAUGCAAAACCUGAUUGCCUCAGUGACCAACAGCCUGAUGCUGGUUCAACGGAUUCAAGCCCAGAACCGCCCAGCAUACGCCAAACAAACCCUUAUGAAGAACUUCCGUGCUCGAAGCCAAGUGAUACAUGUGUUCCAGAUGAUGAGCGACCAUAUGCCAGGCCAUCUGAUCCAAAUGACGAGCGACCGUAUGCCAGGCCAACCGAACCAUCGCAGCCGACAUCCAAUGUGGAGGACCCAACAUAUGCCAACCCAAACUAUGCAAAGCCGACCUAUGCCAAGCCAACUGACCCUACCAGUGAAGCUACUGAAUCACCGUACGCAGUCCCAAGCGAUUUGAAUAGAGACUCCAAGCCGCCAUGCUCAAGUCCAGCUGAGCCAAGCCUCGAUCCAGUAUAUGCAAAGCCGUCGGACGUAACACAAGUCAGCGAACUACCAACAUCUGGGGCCAGCAGUGACCCAGAUUACGACAAACCAGAUAUCCGCACUGCACAGGAAUCUGGCGGUGCAGGACAUGGAAGUGGAUCACACCGGUGCUCAACCCCAGCAAGUCCGACCGAGAGCGGUGCAGGGAUGCCGCCUGACAGGGGUGGGUCGGCGUAUGCGCAUGUGUCAGAAGACACUGAUGAUGGGCACUAUGCUGAGGCAGGUCCGAGAGAACAAAGAUCUCUGACCUUACCCUAUGGUGAACCGGCUGAGCAGCUGGCAGGGGUGCAACACGACUAUGCCCAGCCUAGCCCGAGACAACAAGGCCACCACACACUACCCAGACAGCACAAUACAGAUGGACACACAAGCGCACAAGGACAGCUCACCAAGUUCAGCACCAUCGCAGGGCAUAACACACCGGCCGGUGUUUCUCCUGCGGUGAUCGAUACCGAGGACAUCUAUUCUCAGCCGAUACCAAGGCAGGAGCGCGCUAAGACAUUGGGCAGCGGUGCAACUGUUUCAACGCUGCACAGCCAUUCCUCUGCUGCAAAUACCGGGGGACAACUACCCAGCAGUGUGAACCCAACUGAGCCACACCCUGACCAGCUGUAUUCAGCACCUAUACCCAAAAGUCUGCGCAAGGCGGUGUCGGAAGGCCCUAGCACGUCAAACAAGAAAGAAGGCCCAUUACAGACGUCUGCAGCCAUUGCGGAGGAGGCUUUGCCGGCUGGCUCAGCCCUACAAACAUCUUCACUUUACGCCGAGCCCAUUGCGAAGAAGAACCGGCACUUGUCGGCUCGGUUCAACCCAAGCCCUGUUGGUAGCCGAUCGCUUGGUAGUGCCUUGCUGCCCGGAGCUGUCGAUGAGGAUAGCUCAGUGCUAGCAUCCAGUAGCACUUCUCAAGUGGAUCGUUUUGACGUGAACGGUUCGGCGUACACGAGGCCCACAGUUAAAAAGGACCGCAUGUCUGCAAGAUGUGAAUCCAGCCCAGCCAUCAAGCAACAACAGGAUCCUGGCAAUUUGGAUGCAGCACACUUUGACGUGAACGGUUCGGUGUACACGCGACCCACACUCAAGGAGGACCGCACGUCAGCCAAAUGCAAAUCCAGUCCUGCCAUCAAGCAUCAACAGGACCCUGGCAACUUGGAUGCAGCGCACUUUGACGUGAACGGUUCGGUGUACAUGCGGCCCACACUCAAGGAGGACCGCGUAUCAACCAAAUACGAAUCAAAUCCAGCUGCAAAGCACCAACAGAACCCUGGCAAUAUGGAUCCAGCAACGGGUAGCAUUGCGGAUUCAGUUGAGCAUGUUGAGAUAAAUAGCACUCUGUACGCAGUGCCAACGCUAAAAAGGAAUCAAACACCCGGCCAAGAACACUCAACCAGUAGCGACGAGUCUGCACAGGAAGGCACCACCAGCACGAGUCCAAGAGAUGAUGGAGAAAGCAAGAGGGAGAGUCUAAUGGAUCUCUACUAGUUACUGAGAUAAAUUAGCCCAUGCGCUCCAAGCCCACGCACACACCCUACAUAAUCAUUCUAUAGAGCAGGCCGUAUACAUGGUAUAUGUACUGUAUGACUACUACACUGAUGAUGUUGACUUGAAAAUUGUCCAUUGCCGGAGACCAACGCUGUAACAUUGCACC